UCUUACGACAAUAUCUAGUUCUAAAAUGCGAAAUGACAAUGAAAAGCAAUCCUUCAUUUAUCGUCAACGGUACAGAAAAUGAUAUGCUAUCGGAUUGACGUACGUCAUCGCGUUUUGUGUCUCUACAGACUAUAUAUAUUGAUGGAGGAAUCUGUACUGUAGCAGUUACACAUUGACCUCUGUCAGAUCGAUGACUAUUUCAUUUCCUCCGUUGUCAUGGAAAAAUAUUACAACUUAGAAUACAACAUAUAAAGUGUAUCUGUUCAGUCGACAACUUUAGUAUAAAGGAGAUGACCAACAGUUCUUCAGUUUAUUUUGAAAACAUCAACGUACCUUUUCUGACUGUCACGGGUAACAAGCAAGAAUGACGCCCCUUUUCACGAAUGAUGGCAUCGCAUAGCUCCCCCGGCACCAAGACCCGUCGUCGCCAGCUGCCCAGCCUGUCUGUAGAAAUUGUCGACAAGCAGAGGUUUCCCUUUACCUCUCACAUGACCUAUAAAUCAAGCUUGGAAUAUUUUAUGAAAAACGAGGGAAUAUUUGCCAAAGCAUUGGAAUUAAUCAAACGAUACCCUGCUCUCUCCGAUCAUCGUUCUACUGCGAAAAUCUGGGAAAUUCUGUCUCUUGGGACAACUUCAAUUCCAGGGAGAUCGCGAUCUAAUUACGAUAGACAACAAGUGCGUCCCAAAACUCCCAUCAUGCCCACCAUAUCCCGUACGUCUGACAGAUCUUCCGCUCUGCAGAGUGCUCGAAACGAGAAACUGCAUAUUGGGAUCCUAGGAAUGCCGCCCGAACACUCUGACACUUUGAAGUGGCCCCUGUUUGUUUGCAGUCUAUCAUCGGAAGUUUUUGUUCAUUGUUUCAAGUUAAACAGCAGUAAAAACAUCGUUUUGGAAAUGGAGAGUAUGGAUGGUAUCUUGUUCAUUUUGUCAACUUCCAGUCUUCACAAUGUUUUAUGUCUACAGGCGCUGAGCUAUGCGCAUGAGCAUUACAUACCUGUUGUAUUCAUCAAAGAACCCGGAUUCAAACUUCCCCAACAAGUAUCUGGCGAAUUCACCGAAAAGGUUCUACUUCAACAGGGCAUUCAGCAGCAGUCACCUUCAAACUUAUAUGAAGAUUUCAGCGACAAUCCAUUACGAUCUGAUGCACUUCCUCCAAUAUCAAAAAGUGGGUACUACUUCAAUCCAGGGCUGAAGAGAAGUCCCUCGUCAACGCGACCGAUCUCUCCCGAAUGCUUGGUAAAUGGUUUUAAAGAAGCUCUGCUAUUCUCUGGCAAUAACAUGGAUUAUUGUGUUCAAGCAACCUUAAAAUUGAUAUCGCAGUUUUUAAGAACCGGGGUCAACACGGGACCAACCAUUGAUAAUACUGACGAAGAUAACUCGAAAUUAAAACCCCCAAAGUUCGAUAAUUUCUUAAGAGCUACGCCCAGUACCAGACGACAAACCUUUGCCCAGGGAGGUUUGUUCGCAGACACCGUUUCCGAUUCGUCGUCAUCUACGGAAUCGUCAGAAGAUAGUGUUGUAGAAGUUAGUCCAUCCAAGCAAACCAUACAGCGAAGUGACUCGUUGGACCAAGAAACCAUUUACGUGUUGUUUCCUGAUCGAAGCGAGGGAUCAUCCAGUACAAAACCAGUGUAUGUAAAGUGGCCUCUCAGAGAAAACGAGUUACAUAACAAGGACGCCAUGCUGACUGAUCUGGACGAUAUUUCCUUUCUUUCUGACUCUUCUGUCGGUUUUCAAGAUGUCGAUUUAGAAGAUACCAUGUCCACUUCAGAUGAAGAUAUGAACAUGGCAAUAUGACUCGUAUUCUUAACUGCUAAUCACCAGAGUUAAGACCAUCAAACCUAGAGAGUUGAUUGUGCAUUGUGAUUGUACUGUCAAAAUCCUCACCACUUGACUCGCCCGCCAUUUGGAUUGCGUAAAUGAUCAUUGCGUAAAUGGUACAGUACAUCGAUCAUUGCGUAAAUGGUACAGUACACACGAUCCGUGUGUUUCGCGAUAACUGAGAAGGCGCGUUAAGUGUCUAUUGCCAAUGCUGGUUAGUAUUUCACAAGCAAGUACAUAUGUAUACGCGCUCAAAGACGUCAUGAACUUCAAAUACCAGUAUUGAAAUGUCUGCUAGCUAUGUUGGCUAUAUAACCAUAUGUCAUCGUGUUUGCUCCUCAGAUUCAGACACAAAUUACAAUGUAUAGACAAGACUUACGUAUAUUACUUUAAAAGUUUUUAUUUCAUAUUUUGAUAUUUUUUCUGAAGAUUGUAUAUAAAGAGUACCUAUCUGAACAUUUACUUAUUUUCACAUCUGCUUACGUAACUCGAUGAUUCUGAAGUCAAUCGCAUAUUCUCGGGCCUUUCCGGCAUGGGGAAAACACCUUUCCCGAGCUUACCGGAGAAACCCGAGAAGUGCACUUUAUUUAAUAUAUAAGGCGAUUUCAAUUGGCGAAUAAUUCUUCUAUCAUUACAAGUAGAUAGGAACCUUUUAAUGAGCUCUCUUCUUCGGGAAACAAUAUCAUUUCUCGGAAAGAAAUGUGUUUCUAUUUUCGACAAAGAUCUUAAAAUCCCUUGUGAAGAAAGAUGAUUCAUUUUUAGAUAAAGUGUCAGGUUAACAUUGUGCUGUUCUAACAUUCUGAUACUUGACGUCUCCAUAUGAGUGAACAAUUCUCAAGAGGGACGUUAAACAAUAUACAAUUAAUCAAUCAAUCUACUGAUAAUGGUACACCUUUUACAGUGAAGCGAAUCACUUCAUCAGAUAUAGUCUUAGCGCCAGAGGAGAACGUAUUAUCUGUUGUCAAGGAAAACUAGAAACGUGCCCCAUUAUCCAACAGAACUACGACUUUUCGUCACUGUCGCGCAAAUUGUCCGAAAAACUCGGUAAAGUUAACGAGACUGUCUCCGACAUUUUGUUCCAGUUUCCUCUUCCCUUUUGUGUAUCUAUCACGUGGUUUGUGUCGCUCGAAAUGCGGUUACCGUUACUAAAAUUAGAAUCACUAACCUAUAAUUUCAAAUGCUAUGUUUGAUCUGGAAGAAUGGUUGAAAGAAGAAUGUCGAUCGUCAGAUGUAUUGAUUAUUAAUCCGAGAUUCCUCCGACUCUUGCCCCCGUUUUUAAAUUUUGACACAUGCGUCCCCGCAUUAAUUGAUAAUAUUUUAUGUCGGCAGAGACGUAUACAUAACAUGCUGUAUAUGUCUCUGAUGUCGGUGAACAAAAUGGCAGUUAUAUGCUACCCCUUUCAUCAAGAGUAUUUGAUCUCAAGGAAACACGGUAAACAAUAAAGACGUGAUUCUUCACCGACUUUUUUAAAAUUUCAUUUCAUAUACGAAUUCAUUCAAAAGAUGUGCCUCCUACAGUGUCUGCCCGAUAUCUAUGUACAAAUGCUUCAUUUAUUUGAAUAAAGAAGACAACUUAUAUA